AUGUUAUUAUCACACCUUAGAUCAUCAAUAACAAAGUGUUCACAAAGAGGAACCACAACUUUGAGUGCUUUGAACAGCAGCAGUCAAAAAUCAAUGUACAGCACAUUUAGAAGAUACAAUCAAAGAGAACAAGAAGAAGAUGAAGAUGAAUACGAUCAAUCAGAGGAUGUAGAUGAACAACAAGAAGAAGAAGAGAUUGUAUAUGAAGCCAAGCCAAAGAUUCCACAACCAUCAAAGAGCGACAUUAACAAGCUGUUUGGUAUCAAGGUGCACCAAGACAUUGAUAUUGAAGCCACCAUCAAGGCUUCAAAGACAAAGAUCAUGGCCAUGCCAUUCGAAUACUCUUACGACAACUUUUACAAGUCAAAGAGAUCAACAAAGAAGGGAAUCACAAAGAAGAAUGCUCAUCUCAAGGCAUUUGGAGUCGUCCCAUACCAUGUUCCAGAAUCAAUGUUUAAAGAGAAACGUCCAUCAAUCCCUCUAAGUGAAAUUAAUAAGAAUGUUAAAUCUCAAUCACAAUAA